CUAAAAGAAGGAAACCCACUCCUCCAAGGCUCCAACCUCCUUCCCUCCUCGCACUCUGUGUUGCAGACCUCCGCCACCGGAGGUUCCUGCGGGUGCGUUUGCCCUGACAGAACACUGGAGGCCCCUGCGGGUGCGCUACCCCUGACCAAGCAACCACGGACUAGUCUACCGCCGUCCGCAGCAUCCGUUCACCUUCACCCCGCCUGCGCGCUCUCUCUCUGCGACGACUGGGUGGGCUACUGCAGCCGCCGCCGCCCUACGCCGGGUGCCGAGGCCUUCGCCGGUCUCUUCGCUGGUGACGAGCACUCACCAGCCACGCACAUGGUUUGCACUAUCCACCUACACAGUGAUCUAUGCUUCUGACCCCACAUGCCUUAGGUCUAUCUGCACCAGAAAGAAGUGAAUCGUUUCAAGGUGUCUAUAUACUUUUUGGAUGCUUUAAGAAAGGGCCUGGAAGCAUUGCACGGGUAACAUAUUUGUCUGACAGCGAUUGAUUUUGGGAACCAAUUUGGUAAUCAGUACAAUGGAGUGCAACAGAGAAGAAGCCUUGAAAGCCAGGGAAAUUGCUGUUAAGAAGUUGGAAAGCAGAGAUUUUGUUGGUGCUAAAAGGAUUGCCCUUAAAGCACAGAGGAUUUUCCCAGAGAUAGAGAACAUACCCCAGCUGUUAACUGUCUGUGAAGUACAUUGUGCAGCAGAAGCAAAAGUAAAUGGAAUGUUGGAUUUUUAUGGAAUUCUCCAAGUAGAAGGAACAGCAGAUGAGGUGACCAUAAAGAAGCAAUAUCGUAAGCUUGUCCUCUCACUUCACCCUGAUAAAAACAGUUAUGCUGGUGCAGAAUCUGCUUUCAAGUUUGUUGCAGAAGCAUACUCAACAUUGUCUGAUCGAACCAAACGAUAUGCAUAUGAUGUCAAAUGGAGGGCUGCUCCCAAAGUUGCACCAAAGCAGGCUACACAGCCGACACAACCAAAUCAGGCUACACAACAGAAACAGGAUGCAAAACCAAAGCAUGUUGCUAAACCAAAGCAGGCUGCACAGCCAAAGCAGGCUACACAACCAAUGUGGACUACAGAGCCAAUCAACAAAAAUAGCACAAAUAGUAGUGCAGCAGGAUAUGGACCUUGGACAUUUUGGACCGUAUGCAUUCACUGUAAAACAAAAUAUAAGUACCAUGGUGACAUACUCAAUCGUCAGAUCCGCUGUCAGAAUUGCAGGCAGAAUUUCUUUGCACACCAGACAAGUACAGAGGAUGUGCCUUCUGCAUUCUCAUCAAAAACAGCAAAUAGUGCUGCGCAGCAAGGCUGCUCUACAAAUAUCUUUUCUAGAGAGAACAAAGAGGGGCCUGUGAUGGAAGGAGUUAAAUUUUCAGCAAAGAAUUCUACUGUACCAGAUUUUGGUGACAGGAAAAACCUAGGUGGUGGGGUGGAUACAUCAGCAGGGCCAGGUUCUGCAGAAAUCCCUACUCCACGGAGAUCUUCUAGGAGAAAGGCUUGUGCUGAUGCCAACAACAUCCUGAAUUCUCCAAAGAAAAAGAGUCGGACACUCAAAGAUUGGUUCUCAAAUGCUACCUCCAGUUCUAAUAAAGUAGUUGAUGAUAAUGUUGCCCAUGCUGAUGGACAUGUUAGUGAACCUCAUGUGUCUAGCAAAACAGAUAAUCAAGAUAGUUGUGUUGUCAAUGAAGGCAAUAAAAGAAACACUAAAACAACUUGUGAUCCACCUGCUGAGAAGCCUUGGAAUACUGGGAGUUUCACGUACCCUGACCCAGAAUUUUUUGACUUCGACAAGUGCAGAGAUGUCAAACUGUUUGCAGUUGAUCAGAUAUGGGCACUUUAUGAUGAAUUCGAUGCCAUGCCAAGAUUCUAUGCUAGAAUAAGACAUGUUAAUACCACCAACUUCAGAGUUAAGUACACUUGGCUGGAGCAUUCUACAGUGAAUGAUGAUGAGGAAAAAUGGAUUGAUAAUAAACUUCCUGUGGCUUGUGGGAACUUUACGUUAGGAAACACAGAGGAGUCACAAGAUCCCCUCAUGUUUUCUCACAUGGUUUCGUGGGUUAAAGGAAGAAAAAGGGGUUCUUAUGUAAUAUAUCCAAAUAUAGGUGAGGUUUGGGCUCUUUAUAAGGGCUGGAGUAUGCAGUGGGUCUCAGAUGCAGACAGUCAUAGAUCCUACGAGUAUGAAGUGGUGGAGGUCCUUUCAAACUUCACAGUGGAAGCUGGUGUGACUGUUAUCCCCUUGGUCAAGGUUAAAGGUUUUGUGAGUCUGUUUGCACCAGCAAAGGACAAACCAUCAUUUGUUAUACCAUCAAGUGAACUACUUCGCUUUUCCCACAGCAUCCCAUUUUUCAGAACAGUGGGAAACGAGAAGGUUGGUGUCCCUUGUGGGUUUCUUGAACUAGAUACCGUAUCGCUUCCUAGUAACCUGGACGUAGCAUUUCCACCUGUUGAUCUUGAUUCAUGUGUGGCUACCAAUAGAACAAUGGGCAGCGAGUCUGUUGAUUUGACUGACAAUACUACACCCAGCCAUGGAAAUGGACGAAGUGCUCAUAAGGGCAACCAUAGAAAUGCAGGCAAGUGGAGAAAACAAUCCGUUCAAACUCAGCAGCAUAAUGCCCGCCUUGCUAGCAUGUCUGGUUAUUCUGCUCCCCAAGUCUGUGCAUCCACCUCUGUUUUCACAUAUCCAGAUUCAUUGUUCUACAACUUUGAAGAAGACCGGUCAUAUAAUAAGUUUGAACGAGGACAGAUAUGGGCUCUUUACAGUGAUUUUGAUGGCCUUCCCAAAUACUAUGGUUGGGUUACAAAAGUUGAUUCAGAUCCAUUUGGAGUGCACCUGACUUGGCUGGAAGCUUGCCCUCGAUCAGAGCAUGAGAACACAUGGUUAGAGCAUGACUUACCCGUGAGCUGUGGGACAUUUAAACUUCAUAACUGGAGGAUGAAGUACGACAUAAACGAUGCAUUCUCUCAUGUAGUAGAAACACAAGGUGGUUCGAAGCGGAACUUUGAAAUCCACCCAGAAGUAGGGGAAAUUUGGGCGAUCUACCACAAUUGGUCACCUGGCUGGGUUCCUAGCAAAGAUACCUGCGAAUAUGCCAUUGGCGAGAUAACUGAGCGCAAUGAAGCUAGCACGAAAGUCUUAUUUCUGACUCAGGUAGAUGGCUACAAAACUGUAUUCAAGCCAGACAAUGAGAGGAGUAUUCUGGAGGUGCCAACAAAGGAUGACUUGCUGUUUUCUCACCGGAUACCCUCUUUCCAGCUGACAACAGAGAAGGGUGGCGAGCUCUGUGGCUUCUACGAGCUGGAUCCUGCUGCUAUUCCUGAUUCCUUCCUCUCUGCGGGUACCCACUGACUCGCGAAGGCUGAAUUCGAUUACCUCCGUCAUUGAACUGGUGAUAUUGCAUGCUCUUCUGGACGUUAGUGUGUGUGUGGGGGCAACUCUGGUUUCGGCCAAGCCUUGCCAAACCUACACACUCCACUCGGUAGGCCUCGGUGCCUUUUGUACUGUACUGAGCAUACAAUUUGAUUCUAACGCUGAUGCCUAUGAAACUAUAAUCACCAUUUGGUAGUGCUCUCUGCAAAACAGCUAGAAAUUUAGUUUGUGUUCCAGGAACAUGUUGAGUCUCAAAUCCACUACUGUAAAUUUAGCACUUUCUGUUUUUAUUUGCCGUUGGUUUGUUGGCCUGAUGAUGCUAUAAGGUCUAGUUGCAAUGAAUAUCGUAAUCUUGUGCA